CUCCCCCGGGUCUGCCGGCUGCCUCUUGCGGGCUGCUGCGCCCGCCUGGAAAGCGUUGAGGGGCCGGGAGGCUCCGUUGUCGUGAGGCGGGGAGAAACAAGAAUCGCUCUUGGCUUCUUUCUUCGUGAUGGCACAAAUCUCUCUCGGAGGCGACUGAAAAGGGACUAUUUCUCUCUCUUUUUAAUGCAAAAAGGGACGAUUUCUCUCUCUCUUUUUUUAAUGCAAGAAAUAAAUACCCCUCCUCGUCGGACUGCUCGGCCGCCGUGUUCACCGGGAAGCAAAGCAGCGCAGAGGUCUCCCCUCUCCUGCUCUCUCUCUCUCUCCCUCCCUCCUCCCCUCUCCUCCUUCUCCAUCCCUCCAAUGAAGAAGAGUUUUAUCCCGGAGUGAAGAAAAGCAAGAGGGAGAAAGGGGUGGAAAGAAGGAAAAGGGGGGGGGAAGGAGGAGGAGGAAAAAAAGAGGCAGAUUUUAUUUUGCUUAAGGGAGGGCGCGCGUCAUCUUUUCACCCUGGCGCGGUAGCGCUUGUCUCCCCCCCCCCCUCCUGCUCCUCUUCCCUUUUUGUCUGUAAAGGAAUAAAAGAGAAAAAAACCGAGGGGGGAAAAUGGCGAACGACUCUCCGGCAAAAAGUCUGGGGGAUAUAGACCUCUCCUCCUUACGGGAUCCGGCUGGGAUUUUUGAGCUGGUGGAGGUGGUUGGAAAUGGCACAUAUGGGCAAGUUUAUAAGGGUCGACAUGUCAAGACGGGUCAGCUGGCAGCUAUCAAAGUCAUGGAUGUUACUGAAGAUGAAGAAGAAGAAAUCAAAUUGGAGAUAAACAUGCUGAAAAAAUAUUCCCAUCAUAGAAAUAUUGCAACUUACUAUGGUGCUUUCAUUAAGAAGAGUCCUCCAGGACAUGAUGACCAGCUAUGGCUUGUCAUGGAAUUCUGUGGUGCGGGUUCUAUUACAGACCUUGUGAAGAAUACAAAGGGAAAUACUUUGAAGGAGGACUGGAUAGCAUACAUCUCCAGAGAGAUCCUUAGGGGGUUGGCACAUCUCCAUGCCCAUCAUGUAAUUCAUCGGGAUAUCAAAGGACAGAAUGUACUGUUAACAGAAAAUGCAGAGGUCAAACUGGUGGAUUUUGGUGUUAGCGCUCAGCUGGACAGAACAGUUGGUAGAAGAAAUACCUUUAUUGGAACGCCUUACUGGAUGGCUCCAGAAGUUAUUGCCUGUGAUGAAAAUCCAGAUGCAACAUAUGACUACAGAAGUGACCUUUGGUCAUGUGGCAUUACAGCCAUAGAGAUGGCAGAAGGCGCCCCCCCCCUCUGUGACAUGCACCCAAUGAGAGCCCUGUUUCUUAUUCCCAGAAACCCUCCUCCACGCCUAAAAUCUAAGAAAUGGUCAAAAAAGUUCUUUAGUUUUAUAGAGGGCUGUUUAGUGAAGAACUAUAUGCAGCGACCUUCUACAGAGCAGCUUUUGAAACAUCCUUUUAUACGUGAUCAGCCAAAUGAACGGCAGGUCCGCAUCCAGCUGAAAGAUCAUAUAGACAGAACCAGGAAGAAGAGAGGAGAGAAAGAUGAAACAGAAUAUGAGUAUAGUGGAAGUGAAGAGGAGGAGGAAGAAGUGCCUGAACAAGAAGGAGAGCCAAGUUCUAUUGUUAAUGUGCCUGGAGAAUCUACCCUCAGACGUGAUUUCCUGAGACUGCAGCAGGAAAAUAAGGAACGUUCGGAGGCUCUUCGGAGACAACAGCUGCUACAGGAACAGCAGCUACGAGAGCAAGAGGAAUACAAGCGGCAGCUGCUGGCAGAGAGACAAAAGCGCAUUGAACAGCAGAAAGAGCAAAGGAGGAGACUAGAAGAGCAACAAAGAAGAGAACGAGAAGCUCGAAGACAGCAAGAACGAGAGCAAAGGAGGAGAGAACAGGAGGAGAAAAAGCGAUUGGAGGAAAUGGAGAAAAGGCGAAAGGAAGAGGAGGAGAGACGGAGAGCGGAGGAAGAAAAGAGGAGAGUGGAAAGAGAGCAGGAGUAUAUCAGGCGACAGCUAGAAGAGGAGCAGCGGCACUUGGAAAUUCUUCAGCAGCAGCUGCUCCAGGAGCAGGCCAUGUUACUGGAGUAUAGAUGGCGAGAGAUGGAAGAACAUCGGCAGGCAGAGCGACUCCAGCGUCAGUUGCAACAGGAACAGGCGUAUCUUCUGUCACUGCAGCAUGACCAUAGGCGGCAUCAACAGCAGCAGCAACAACAACAGCAGCAGCAGCAACAACAACAGCAACAGCAGCAGCAAGAAAGAAAUAAACAAAACUAUCAUACUCCUGAGCUUAAAUCCCUUUAUGAGCCUACUGAAAGACCACGGGAGGUGGAUGAUAGAUACAGAAAGAAUAAUCAGGGCUCCCCUGAAGCACAGUCUAAACAGACAAGCAAAGCGUUAGAGCCACCCGUGCCUUCAAGAUCAGAGUCCUUCUCAAAUGGAAAUUCAGAGCCUGUUCAACCUCCAUUGCAAAAAUCGAUGGAACCACAGGUCCAGUGGUCCCAUCUGGCAUCUCUCAAGAACAAUGUUUCCCCUGUCUCGCGGUCCCAUUCCUUCAGUGACCCUUCUCCCAAAUUUGCACACCACCACCUGCGUUCUCAGGACCCAUAUCCACCUUCACGCAGUGAAGUGCUAAGUCAGAGUUCUGACUCUAAGUCUGAGGUACCUGACCCCAUCCAAAAGGCUUGGGCUAGAUCAGACAGUGACGAGGUGCCUCCAAGGGUACCUGUAAGGACAACAUCUAGAUCACCUGUGUUAUCUCGUCGAGAUUCUCCUCUACAGAGCAGUGGACAGCAAAAUAACCAGGCUGGUCAAAGAAACUCCACAAGCAAUAUAGAGCCUCGCUUGCUCUGGGAAAGAGUGGAAAAACUGGUGCCAAGACCUGGAAGUGGAAGCUCCUCUGGCUCUAGUAACUCCAGUUCACAACCUGGGUCACAUCCUGGAUCUCAGAGUGGAUCUGGAGAGAGGUUCCGGAUGAGAUCAUCAUCAAAGUCAGAAGGCUCACCAUCACAGCGCAAUGAAACUGCCACCAAAAAGACAGAAGACAAGAAGGAAGCAUUCAGACCUAGCAAACCUGUGGUGAGUCAUGUGUUUCCUAUUUAUGAAUCACAGAAAUCUUCUAAAUCGACUGCUAAGACCCAGUCGCAGUCGGAUGACCCUGCAAAGAAGAAAAAAGACAAGGAUAAGACCAAAAAACAAAAGACUGCUAAAUCAACCAUUGCAGCUUCUCCACCAGCUCCGCUGCCUAUGGAGGAGUCAUCCAGACAGUCAUCGGACAGAGAGGAGCAUAUGAUCUCCUCAGCUCAGGCACCACAUGCCAUCCUUAGCAUGUCACCAAGCUCAGGCCAAUCUGAGGCUGAUGUGCCUUCCAGCCCAGCCGCGGCCUCUUACAGCUCUCAAACAUCAGGGCGGGCAAAUCAUCCUGCUCCUCGCUCAGACACCCUUGAUAAUCAUCCCCCAUCACCUUCGGAGGAUCACACAUCGUAUGCUCAACUCAUAUUAUGCAUGGCCAAGAUCUUGCAGCUCGAUGCACAACUCCCAUCUCAACAAGAGAAGGACCUUGUGUUUCAUGACUUGGAACAAGACAAGACACCUCCACCUAGUAGCUUUAGCCUCAUACCGGCAUUACUUCAGCUUGUCAAAGAAUCAUGGGACAAGCCACCCUCAACGCCAAAAACUCCACGCAGAGUAGAGCACCAUUAUAAGACGCAUGGUGCUGAUGCCGCUCUUCUGCUCAAACACCCAACACCUAACUCAAUAGUCGUUGAGUCCACUCAAUCCAAGUCCCGCAACAGUUGUAUCAGCCCACAAAGCACAACAUCUACUAGGUCUUAUGGCAGCCACAACCGCGAUUGUCAUCCACACAAGACUCAAAAUGAGAUCACUACAGGCAUGGUUUCUAUCCCUGUUCAACCCAGUACUACACCAUCAAUUGAAGCGUCUACUGGUGACCCCGGAAUUGGCAGACCAACUUACCUGGUGGACAUCAUCCAGAACCUGACAGUGGGCAGGCCUUUCAAGCCGCUGCGCUUCUUGAUACAGGACAAUCGUCAGGGCCAUUCAACAUUGGGCAGAUGCUAUCAUGAUUGCACCAUGAUGGCCCCACCAACCAUGGUUUACUCACCUCAAAAUGAUGACAAUAGAAACUAUCCACUUACCGCUGAUACCGAACCUCCUAUUCCAGAACAGCGGCUCCGUUCCUCUCCUGGACAUUCACUCGCUGAAUCUUACAGCGUGGAGGAUCACCCUGACUUCCACAGAAUUCUUGAAAGGGCCAGGAAACCGUCUACUAGGAGACUAUACGAGAACAAAUGGAAAUCCUUCAUAAAAUUUACAGAAUCCAAGAGCUUGACUCCAAUCCCAGUCCUGCUCAAGACAAUACUUACCUUCAUCUCGGCAACAGUGGCUCGUCAACCACCCCAUUCCCGGUCCGCCCGACUUUUCUCUCACUCUACCCUUAAAAGAUUUAUGAAGAGUCUUCAGAAUAUCAGACUGCCGACACAACACAUCAUUCCCCAAUGGUCUUUACAACUAGUUCUGGAAGUGCUAACCAAGCCCCCAUUUGAACCAAUGGCCACCUGUAAUGAAAAAUUACUGUCCUUAAAGACUAUCUUCUUGGUUGCAGUCGCAUCAGCAAAAAGAGCUGGUGAAUUGGCAGCUUUAAGAUCUGAUCUUCCAUAUCUACAACUUCAUCCGGACAAGCACAGAUCCACUCUAAACCUCAGCAAUGGGGAAACUGAGUCGGUGAAAACGAUGAUUGUGCAUGAUGACGUGGAGAGUGAACCUGCCAUGACUCCUUCCAAGGAGGGCACUUUAAUUGUCCGACAGAGUACAGUUGACACAAAGCGUGCCAGCCAUCAUGAGAGCAAUGGCUUUGCCGGUCGCAUUCACCUCUUGCCAGAUCUCUUACAGCAAAGCCAUUCCUCCUCCACUUCCUCCACCUCUUCCUCCCCAUCCUCCAGCCAGCCGACACCCACCAUGUCCCCACAGGCACCCCAGGACAAGCUAACUGCUAAUGAGACUCAGUCCGCUAGUAACACACUGCAGAAACACAAAUCUUCCUCCUCCUUUACACCUUUUAUAGACCCCAGGCUACUACAGAUCUCUCCAUCUAGUGGAACAACUGUGACAUCUGUGGUAGGAUUCUCUAGUGAAGCAAUGAGGUCGGAGGCGAUAAGGCAAGAUCCAACUAGGAAAGGAUCCGUUGUUAAUGUAAACCCUACAAAUACACGGCCACAGAGUGACACUCCAGAAAUCCGCAAAUACAAGAAGAGAUUCAAUUCUGAGAUUUUGUGUGCUGCGCUAUGGGGGGUUAAUUUGUUAGUGGGAACAGAGAGUGGCCUGAUGCUGCUGGACAGGAGUGGCCAAGGAAAGGUAUAUCCGCUAAUAAACAGAAGAAGGUUCCAGCAAAUGGACGUACUUGAAGGUCUGAAUGUGUUAGUGACAAUAUCAGGUAAGAAGAACAAAUUGAGAGUUUACUAUCUGUCGUGGCUGAGAAAUAAAAUUCUUCACAAUGACCCUGAAGUAGAAAAGAAACAAGGCUGGACCACUGUGGGUGAUUUGGAAGGCUGUGUGCACUAUAAAGUUGUAAAAUAUGAAAGAAUCAAAUUCUUAGUAAUUGCUUUGAAGAGUUCAGUGGAAGUCUAUGCUUGGGCACCAAAACCAUACCACAAAUUCAUGGCAUUUAAGUCAUUUGGAGACUUAGUACAUAAGCCAUUAUUAGUGGAUCUUACUGUAGAAGAAGGUCAGAGACUGAAGGUGAUUUAUGGAUCGUGUGCUGGAUUUCAUGCAGUUGAUGUGGAUUCUGGAUCAGUGUAUGAUAUUUACCUCCCAACGCAUAUCCAGAGUAGUAUCCAGCCACAUGCAAUCAUCAUUCUACCAAACACUGAUGGGAUGGAGCUGCUAGUUUGCUAUGAGGAUGAAGGAGUAUAUGUUAAUACAUAUGGAAGGAUCACGAAAGAUGUGGUUCUGCAGUGGGGAGAAAUGCCUACAUCAGUGGCCUAUAUUCGAUCCAAUCAAAUUAUGGGCUGGGGAGAAAAGGCUAUUGAGAUACGAUCGGUGGAGACAGGACACUUGGAUGGGGUAUUUAUGCACAAAAGGGCACAAAGACUCAAAUUUCUAUGUGAACGGAAUGACAAGGUUUUCUUUGCCUCAGUUCGCUCUGGUGGAAGCAGUCAAGUUUAUUUCAUGACCUUAGGCAGGACUUCCCUUCUGAGCUGGUAGAAGCGAUGCGGUCUAACUGAGGGAUUGUGGUCGCCGGGAGUCUUCAUAACUUGGAAAUCAUUUGCAACUGGAAUCCAGAUCUGCCAUGAUGCCGUGCCACUUGCCAUUGUGUGUGCAGGAAUCACUGGUGUUGGGUUCUUUUUGUUUUUAAACGAAGGCUGCGGUCUGCAGCUGGUGCUGUAAAGAUCUUGCCAUUAGGUGCUACUCUGAUUUGGGAUCCCACUAGAGAAAGAGUCAGGUCUCUCUCCUUUUCCUCCUCCCAUUCCUCUUCCCCUCAGCUCCAGAUUUCCGAGAGAACAAAAGGAAGAGACUGUCAGAAACAUGUUUUUGAAAGGAGGCAGGUAUAAGAAGGUGGCAGGAGGGUGUCGUAGGCAGAGCCAGCGUUGCUGAAGCAGAGUGCGAAUCUAAUAUAGUAAUAUUAACAAUGUAUUUAAUUGACUUUUUUCUUUCUUCUUCUUCUGUUCUUUUUUUUUUCCUAAUGUGACAAUAUGUGAGCAAAGAGGAAGAUGCAGGUUUUAAAAGCUAAUAUUUAUAAAAUGUGAAAGGCACAGUGGUUUUAGGGGAGGUGGGGUGACUUUUUUUUUUUUUAAAGUUUUGGCCUGGCCAAGAGUUUCGUCAUUUUAUUCCUUUGUACCAAGUUUUGCCUGAAAACUAUGGAUUUUUUUAAAAGCAGAAUUGGUCAUUUUUCUAUAAUGACUCUGCAUUAGGACAGAACUUGGUAACGUCAGUGUUAGCACUGCCUCAGUUAAAGGUUUAAUUUUUGUUUAAACCUUAAAUGUGCAACAACUUUACUACCAGUCUGCUUGUGCAGCCUUUGGGGAAAGAAAAUGUCAAACAUGUUUAUUUUUGUGCCUACCUCAUUUCUAAUGCAUACAAUAAAAGAGGUGGUUUAGGUUUAUACUUUUUUUAGGAUAACAAAUAAUAAUGUCCAAUUAAUCAUAAUACCAAAACUAGCAGAUUAAAGGUUUGACUGUUAAUUUUGUAACAGGUUUCAACAGGAGAGACCAGCAGUCAUUUGUAAUGGUUGAAUUAGACUUGUGGCAGUAACACAGUGAUGCUUAAGUAGUCCAUUUUUAAAAUUUUGAAAGCAGACUUUUCACUUUAUUUUUUACCAGUGUCAUCAUGAAUGGGAAUUAAAAAGUGAGUUUAGCCUAAGAUCUGGAACGUUUUAUUCUUAACAUACGGAGCUUGGUGACAGGCGAGUAACAAAAACUAGGCUAGUUCUCUUAACUUCUUAAAUGUUGUGGGAAACUGGGGAAAUUACAUUUUUCUUUUCUAAUAAUGCAAUGCACUAAAACCAUUUUAAGAAUGUAGUUGAUACUGCUUAUUCGUUUUUAAAGCAGCAUAUACUUACGUUUCAAUGUAAAAUUCAAACUCUUGGCUUUCCUUUUUCUUUCCUUCACCCCACCUUUUUAAAGGAAAAAAACCAACAACCUCAGUUUUGUUUUAUCACUAAGUUUUUGGCCUUUGUAAUAAAUGUCUCAAGAAUAAUACUUCGUUUAAAGAUUACAUGUGUUUAUUACUUGAGAAAACUUGAGUGUGUAAUCUGUUGGUGAUGUAAUAAUGCACAGUGUCAUGAUCUGAUCAUUUAUGGUUUUUAAAAACAUUUUUUACUCUCUUUGGGGUACUUUUGUUGACAGCUGCCUUAAGCUCACUAUUCAGUAAGAGAAUUGGUUUCCGGUGUUUCAUGGGCUGAGUCUUCUGGUGUGGUUGCCUUUUUUUUCAUGGCAUGGUAGGUAGGGAUUGAAAUGUGGAUCUUCAGUCAAGAUACUUGACAGGUCAAGUGAGAUAGUCAUAUGACUGAUUCUGUGUUUAACAGCACCAGAUGAAUGAGCCUUCUGCUCAAUAAGCCAUGCUUUGGGCACCAAUCGGCUGUUCUUUUCUUUGACCCAACCUUUUUUAAAAAAAAAAAUCGCUAAAGACUUUCUUUGAUAAAGCAGGAAAAUUCCCGUUCCCCCCAAAUAAGUGUGUAUCAAACAAAUAAGAGCGCCUUGUAAUUGUUGACAGAAAAAAACUAUUUGAAAUCUCUCUCUAUCUUUUUUUAAUUGUUUGGCUUUGGAGUAAUAUUGACUAUCAGGGCUAAGGUUGCAGUUGGAUUUCACAUUUCUUUGUACUUCUGGGUGAACAACUGAAACUGUGGCUCUGCUUUGUCUGGCAGAAACUGAAUGGGGAACCAGAAGAUCAAUCCAAACAUGGGCAGUAGAGACCUCUUUUGCAUUCACCUUGUUGCACAGUUUACUGAUUAGCUAGUUGUCCAGAGGAAAAGACUAAUGUGGUUAAAGCUGAGAAAAGAUCACACCCUCUUCUCUCGUGCCAUCUUGUUUCACGUUUAGCAAAAAGAAGACUACUGUUAUAAAUGUAGGAAUAUUGUGAGAUGGAGAAGUUCUCCCAGAUCAAUAUCCUGACCACAUUCUGUGAAACAUCAAGGGGGUGAGGAGCAUGACAUGGAGAAAUUCUCCCAGAUCAAUACUCUACAAGGCGAUGGAGAAAUGACUUGUUCAACAGUACUGCUGUUUAUCUGCCCCAAACACCACACAUGUGCCAGGGUGGCAAACUUAACCAGUUGAAUCAGUAUUAUGAAACCACUACGUAGAAAAUGUUCAAACCCAUUUUUUUAAAGCAGUGCUAUUGGUAAACAUUAAAAAAAUACUCCUAGUUAGUUUUAAUCUUUAAGUAAUAAUUUCUGUAUCUUAAGUCAAAGUAACUCUAACUGUAUGACUGCAGUGACUUUAUUUUUAUCGUAUGCACAUGUUACGUUGGAGAAAAUGUUUACAAAAUGGUUUUGUUACACUAAUGUGCAUCACAUAUUUAUGGUUUAUUUCCAAGUGAUUUUGUGGGGUUUAGGUUUGCAUAGUAGUAGCAGUACACAUUUUUGUGAUUUUUUUAAAACAACCCCAGAUUCUGCCAAUUAUAAAGAUGCUUAAACAAUAAUACAAAUGACAGAAUUACAGUAAAAUGACUAAUUGUAGAGCUGCAAAGCAGACUGGCAAUGAAACACUCAGCCUUUUUUGCAGUGCUGUCUAAUUUGUCUUUUGUGUAUUAUAAAAAUACUGUUUCCCCCUGCCCUUUCCUUAAAUAAAGUAAAAAUGACA